CCUGCCGCGGCGAGCCAGCUCCAUAAAAGAGGGUGCCGCGACCCGCUCUCCACUCCCGCCGGCUCUCACCCUUCGGAGAGGCGCCCGGCACUGCCCUGCCGUCGCCGCGCAGCCCGCCCGCCCGCACGCCACCAUGAUGGGUAGCAAGCGACUGGGGCUCUCGGGACUGGCCCUCGCCCUGUCCCUGCUUGUGUGCCUGGGUGCGCUGGCCGAGGCGUACCCCUCCAAGCCAGACAACCCAGGAGAGGACGCGCCGGCGGAGGACAUGGCCAGAUAUUACUCAGCGCUGCGACACUACAUCAACCUCAUCACCAGGCAGAGGUAUGGAAAGCGAUCUAGCCCUGAGACACUGAUUUCAGACCUCUUGAUGAGAGAAAGCACAGAAAACGUUCCCAGAACCAGGCUGGAAGACCCUUCUAUGUGGUGAUGGGAAAUGAACCUUGCUCUCCCGUCUUUUCCUAUUUUUCAACCCAUAUUUCAUCCUGUAAAACUAGAGUCUGCUGGUCCUCCCAGUGCAUGCAGCCCCUGUGCUUGACUCUGCAGUCUCCCUUUGUCAUCCUUGUAUAUAUGUGUAUUUAAAUAAAGUACCAAGCAUUCAAACGUG